AUGAACUCAGAAGGGAGAUUAUUUAGACUCAAAGUUAAGAAUAAUAAUGAUUUUGUUAUUAAGUUAAUAAGGAUUCUGGGAUAAUUGGCUGAGUAAAAUUAUUUUUUGUAUUUAUCAAUUAAUAACCUAGUUAUGGCUUGUGUGUUUCACUUGGAAAGCGCAAAAAAAUCCAUUGUGGAAUUUAUAAGGUUUUGAUGAUUUCAUAAUUUUCAAUUUAUAAAAGAUGUCAUAUGAAAUUGACAAUUUUGCAAAUGAUAAUAUUAUUUUGUAAAGAAUAUGGAAAUAUUGAUAUUUGUAAUAAAUAAGAGUAAAAAGGUCAGAAAACCUUAAUUUCUGCAUAUGGAACAAUUCUUAAUUUAUUAACAUAUAUGUAAAAUAAAAGUGUGUGUGUGUGUGUGAGAAAAGGGAAUUAAAGUGGGAUCCAAAUUUAAUCAUUAGUAAGAAUCAAAUACUAAGGAAGUAUAAUUUACAUUUAAUUAAAUGGGUGUAACAGACAUAUGUGUGAAGGGAAGUUGGGGAGUCUGAGGAGGUGGUUUAGGUGAUAGUCGAGAAUCGUUGAGUUUAUAAUAUUUAUAUAUAUUUAUGAUUGCUGAAGUCCAGAGUAAUGAAGAUCUAUAAGUAAUGUGUAGAAUCUGCGAAAAAAAAGUAUGAAUGCACUAUUACAAGUGUAGACAGAUGCUACAUUGAUCGAGAAUCAUUUAGUUAAUUGUUAACAAAUCUUUGAAGCCAGAAAGCAAUUGCAUUAAUUGGAUGUGUAAAUUCAGAAGUUGGCCGAGUUGGCUCAAAACAGCUUUCGCACAUUGAAUACAAAAUAUCAAAUCCACAAGUCCAAGCAGGCUAGGCACACAAACAACGAGAAUCGAGGGAUGCGCAGCAGUGCUCCGUUGAAAUUGAAUCAACCAGAAGAUUGUGCAAGUGAGGAUACGGGUUCAAGAACAAACAAGGUGAGUGUAAAGGUGUAUAAUCGUAGUGUACUGUGAAGUCGAGGUUUGCGAAUUUGGGAACAAGCUUGGCAGAUGAUGAGCCCGAUGAACGUGAGUAGGAAUCCGUGAUUUAGAUUGUGGAAGAAAAUAUUACAGGAGAGGACCUGGAUCGAAUAAUGAAACAAUAGAUCAAGUUGUCAAAGAAAAUAGAGUAGUAGAAACAAGGGGUUAAGUUUGCGCAUUCUCCUUCGCCAGAAAUCAAAUAAAUAAGUUCUCCGUUAUCAAAUGGAAUGGGGAGUCCCUUCUCUCUUGAGUACAACGUUGUGUUUAUAAAUUAGUGAUAAUACAGAAAUUUUAAAAGAUUUGAGAUUACAGUUAAACUCUCUCUCCAUAAUUACUAAAUAUACUGAAGAAACUCUUAAAACCCAUCAUGGCACUCAGUCGAUUUAAUUUGAUCUAAAAAUACAGGUGGAAUUGUUCAAUAUCAAACAUACACUCCAAAAAGAUGUACAAGAUCUAGUAAAAAUGACUUUGAAGCUAAUUGAAGUAAAAUUGAAAAAUAUUUUAUAAUUUUAGGAAAAGGUUUAAUGUACAUAAAAAAUUUCUAGAUUACAAAAACUCAUCUCUGACGAAGAUAAGCUUGAGAGCCUCACUUCUCCACUCCGCAUGAAGAUCUCCAAAGUGGAAACUGGCAAUCGCAGAACUUCUUUGGGUAAUUCUUUACAAGAACAUUUUGAAAUGCUCAAAAACAGUUCGACUGGAUCCAAAUGGUUGAAUAAGUAAAACGUCAUAUCCAAUUUUGAAAACACUCACCAAGUGCAAUCCAAGACGUUUACUGAAGGUGUAGGAAAGGAUUGCAUUUUCUAAAAAUGUUUGAGUGAAUCUGAUGAUGGUGGAGAAAGCAGCAGUGAAUCACAAUCAGAGGAAGUGUCAGAUAGAGACGACAAAAAGAAUAUCACUAAAAAAUCACUUGAAGAAUCUUUUGAAAUGGAUGAUUUUGUUUAACAAUCCAAAAGCAAUGUAAUUUCAUUUAAAGAUUUAAAUUUAAAUUUAAAUAACGUGAUUGAUAAGUGUGAUUUUGAUAAUGAGAAGGAAUAGAAAGUCAAGGGGUAUUACAGCGAUGGAGAUUUCAAAACAACUAAAUUAGUCAAGAAUAAACAAUUGUAAAUCAUUAUUAAAUAUGCUAGAUUGAAUGUAACUCUUCAGGAUUUUGAAUUUAUCCAGGUUUUGGGUGUUGGAGCAUUUGGGGCAGUUUGGUUGGUGUCUAAGAAGAAGACUAAGGAUUAUUAUGCCAUGAAGGUGAUAGAUUGUAGAAAUAAGAAUAUGAAUGAAAUUUAGAAUUUGAGGGCUGAAAAAAACGUCUUUGAAAUUUUAGAAGGGGAUUUUGUAGUCAAAGCCUAUUAUUCCUUUAUUUAAGACAAUUGCUUGUUGUUCUUGUUAGAAUAUAUGAUGGGGGGUGAUUUUAGUUAGGUGCUGUAUCAAUAUGGACGUAUUUCUGAAUCAGUGGCUAAAUUUUAUCUGGCUGAAUUGCUCUUAGCAAUUGAAUCGUUACACAAGAAAGGUAUAAUUCAUAGGGAUUUGAAACCACAAAAUAUCUUAUUAGAUGCGCAGGGUCAUCUAAAGUUAGCCGAUUUCGGUUUGUCUGAAAUUGCCUUGGUGUAAAAGAUAAGGGAAGGCAAGGAUGGAAUCAAUUGUUCAAUCGAUCCUGAAGCAUUACCAAUGAAUGUUUCGAAGAGAAACAUCAAAACCAAAAGCAAUAUUGAAUUUCAUUUACAAAAGACUACUAGUAAGACCAGUAUUUAAGAGCGAACUCAAUCAGGAAAAAGAUAGAAUAGAAUAAUUGGAACUCCCGAUUACAUUCCUCCCGAGGUUAUCUGUGGAUUAUCCAUUUCUAACUUUUCAAUUGACUGGUGGGCGUUUGGAGUGAUAGCCUAUGAAUUUUUGGUAGGAAUUCCACCAUUCAAUGACUGUAGCAUUCCGAAAGUGUUCGAGAAUAUAAUUAAUAGAUUUAUCGAGUGGCCAGAUAUAGGCAGUGGAGAGGACAUGAUGAGUUAGGAUGCAUACGAAUUAAUCAAUUCAUUGUUGGAACCAUAAUACCAUUAGAGACUUGGAGAGAAGGGUGCUGACGAAGUGAAAUCUCAUAAAUUCUUCAAUGGGAUCGAUUGGAAUAACAUCAGAAAUUAGGAGGCUCCCAUGAUUCCGAUAAGAGACUUAGACUAAUUGGAGGAGGAGGAGAGUAAUAUCACGAAGAAGAAGAAUGAGGAAGUGAAAAUGAAGGAUAGAUUGCAAUCAGUGCAAGUCUCCCAUGAUGGAAAUCUAGAUGAUGUGGCUAACCUAACCAGAGUUGAUCUACUGGCCAAGAUUAGUUAGAAGGACGCUGAAAAUGUAAUGAAAAAAAGAUCAAUUCGGAAGACUAUUUAACAAUUUCUAUGA